AGAACAAAUUCAUUUUGAUUUUUCCAUGUUGGAAUCUCAUUCAAUCAUCAACAAAUAAUCAAACAACGACAACAAGUUACCCGGUGCAUUUUAUUCUUUAGUUUGCUCAAAAAAAAAAAUCAAAAAAUUAUUGUGAUAAUAUUCAACAGAAAAAAAUAGUCAUCUUUGAAGACAAUGAGACCACCAGUGAAAAAUCAAUCACUCGGUAACCUGAGCCGUGAUAGCGGUGUCCUAGAAAUGGACAAUCGUUCUAGUGGACAUUCUAGAUCGGCAUCGAAUGCUACAUCAUGUUAUUCCAAUGAUACCGGAUUCAAUGAUCAAGUUUACAUUGAUACAACUUUGCCAAGAAUUGGUCAAAAAAUUAAUUGCCGUAUUAAUUCCAAAUCAUGGAUCAUUCUUAUAGCAUUCAUAAUAUCAUUAUUAUCAUGUCUGUGUUAUGCUUAUCUACCUUUAAUAGUGACCAAAAUUUUACAAACAUUCAUUAAUAUCAAACCAAAUGGAGAAUUUUAUAAUUUUUGGCUACAAUCAGUUGAACCAACUGAAGUUGGUAUACAUUUUUUUCAUAUUGAAAAUCCAUGGGCAGUUGAAAAUGGUCUGGAAAAAUUAAAAAUCAAAGAAACUGGACGAUAUUAUUUUAAACAACGUUUCAUUCAUGAAGUUCAUGGUUUCAAUGAUGAUAAUUCUAUUGUAAAUUUUACCGAACGAAGAUAUUUUUAUUUUGAUGAAGAAAAAAAUGAUUUAUCAUUAGAUGCCAAUAUCACUGUUGUCAAUGUGCCAUUUGCCGCUAUGAGUACACUUGUGCCGAAUUAUUUGGAAAAUUCUUUUGGUUUAAAUCUUUUCUCACAUUUUUCAUAUCGAGGAAUCAAUGAAUUUUUCGUUUCACAUAAUCAAACAUUAUUCAUUAAUACAACGAUUCGUGAAUUACUUUAUGGUUAUCGAUUAAAUAUUCUGGAUACUGCCGAAUCAUAUAAUUCCAUGUUCAAUAAAUUUGGUUUCGAUAUUAUGCCUACGGAAUUUUUUCCAAACAAUUCAUUUGGCAUUAUGAAUGGCCGUAAUGGAACACCGGAUGGACCAUAUGAAAUGUAUACGGGUCUUGCUAAUACUCAAAAUAAAUUUGGUUAUAUAAAAACGUGGAAAAAUAAAACAAAACUUGAUAUUUGGAAAAGCGAUUCUUGUAACGCUAUCAACGGAACGGAUGGUACAAUUUUUCCAGCCGGUGUUAGCAUGAAUGAUAGGCUGGAUUUUUUCAUUCCCGACAUUUGCAGAUCGUUGUUCAUUACAUUUCAGGAAAAGUCAUCCUACAAAGGCAUUCAAACAUAUUUAUUCUCUGCGCCGAAUGACGUACUAGCCGGUCGACAUACUAAUCCAGAUAAUGAAUGUUUUUGCAUCGAAGAAGAUGAAGAACUGGCAGAGAAACGAUGUGUAGACGGAAUAUUUGAUCUAGCCGGCUGUCAAAAUGGCAUUCCAUUAAUAAUAUCAUUGCCACAUUUUUUGGGCGCUGAUCAUAGGGUCGUCGAACAAAUCGAAGGUCUUAAGCCUGAUCCGGUAAAACAUCGUCCUGAAUUACAUAUUGAACCGACAAUGGGGUUAGUCAUUCAUGGUGAUAGUAGGCUUCAAAUGUCUAUCCGGGUUGUUCCAAAUGAAAAUAUGAAUGGUUUUAAUAAACUACGUGAUGAACUUUACAUCCCAAUUUUUUGGGGCUAUAAAAAAUUAGGCAUGUCUGAUGAAACGGCUCAAAGCCUUAAAAGCAGACUUUUUACCCCAGUCAAAAUAGUUAAAUUUACUUUAAUCUCAUUAAUAGUGGGUGGAUUGAUUUUAGCCAUCUAUGGAUUUUUUCGAUGGGUCAUAUUCAAUAAAAAGAUUACCUAUUUUAAUAAUGAAUAUGAUACUGAAAAUGCAGCCAAACAAAUGAAUGAAAAAUAUUUCAGUGAAACGGCAAAAAUGAUUCCACGUGUUGAAAGUGCAACAAGUGAUUUUGUCGAUAGUAAAAGUGUUACCGGUAAUAAUUCGUUGGAAAAUUCUCCACAAUCUUCUGAACUGGAACUAAAAAGUCUGGUCAAUUGUGUUGAGACCGAUAUAUGAUGGCCAUUUUUCUUUUAUACUCAAAGAAAAAAAAUAUGAUUCCAAAAAAAACAAAAAUCAAACGAACAAAAUUAUCAUCAUCAUCAGCAUCCAUUCAUAUCCAUCAAACAUAAAAAAACAUUGUUGAACAAUGCUACAAAUGAACAUAAUCUCGAAUCAUGUUAUUUCAUUUCAUAAUUAUUUAUUUAUAUAUUCUCACUCAACCAAAUACAUCCGAUGAUCUCAUAAUUUUGAAAAUGAUGCA